AAUCGGUACCGGAACUAUGUCGUCAGAAGAAGAUAGUGUUGAAAAUUUAUCAUUUUCAGCUAAAUGUAAUGGAAAUAAUGAGCAGUUUAGGAAGCAAGUUGAAUUACAAAGGCUUAGAAAUCAAGCACAGGCCUUGCAGAGAGACAUUAAAGAAAAGCUAACAGACGAACUUGAUGCACUUUUUGAACAGUUUAUAACUGAUGUAGAACAGUAUGAACGACUGGAAGAACAAAACCAAAACUAUGUCUUCAAAAGAUCUAUUUCUGCAAGAUGUCGAACUAACUUAAAAGAUAAAUACAGAAAGAAAGAUGGAGAGCUUCCAGACAAAGUCUUUUUACCAAGGAGAUCAGUCCUGACAGAGUUGUUUGAGAUAAGCCAUAUAAAGACCAUCUACCACAUGUUUGUUGCCAUACUCAUUGUGUUUUGUCUCAACACAUUUGUCUAUGACAUAGUUCAUGAAGGAAGAAUAAAUCUAAACUUUGAGAUGAUGCAGUGGGCAUUAGGAAAGAAAUCCAAGGUGAUGGAAUUAUGGGUCAUGAUGCAGUUGAGUACUCUAGUCAUUGUCUAUCCUAUGUUCUAUUACUGGGCCAAUAACAGACCUGCAGGACCAGCAAAAUGGAUAGAUUAUGUGGUUUUGUCUUUCUAUAUUGCAUUUAUGUUAGCUUUUCUUGUAUUACCUGUAAAUUACAUUGUGGAAAAUGCUCUACCUCCUGCCUCAACUGUUAUUAUAGCAUGUGAACAGCUAAGGUUGAUAAUGAAGAUGCAUUCAUUUGUGAGGGAAAAUAUACCAAGAGUUUUGAAUUUUAACAACAAAAAAGAUGAUGACAGUCCAAGUGAAGAGGUCAUUUGUCCUGAUUUCUCCAAAUAUUUAUAUUUUCUGUUUGUACCAACCCUCAUAUACAGAGAUGAUUAUCCACGGACAAAAACAAUAAGAUGGAAUUAUGUUGUAACAAACUUUGGUCAGGUGAUUGGAUGUUUGUUCUUUAUUUACUAUAUAUUUAUGAGAUUUUGUGUGCCAUAUUUCCACAACUUUAACCAGGAGCAUGUUACUCCAGAGUUAUUGGUGAUGACUGUGUUUGGUUGUAUGUUACCAGGGACACUUGUUUUAUUUAUAGGAUUUUUUGCAAUUCUUCAUUCCUGGUUUAAUGCCUUUGCAGAGAUGUUAAGAUUUGCAGAUAGAAUGUUCUAUAAGGAUUGGUGGAAUUCUACAUCUUUUUCAAACUACUACAGGACAUGGAACGUGGUUGUACAUGAUUGGUUGUAUACAUAUGUCUAUAAAGAUGUGUGUAGGGUUAUAGGUAGAGGUAACAAGCCAGCAGCCAUGGCCUGUGUAUUUGUAUUCUCUGCUAUUUUCCAUGAGUAUGUUCUGGUGUUGUGUUUUAACUUCUUUUACCCUGUACUGCUGGUUAUGUUUGCUGGAGCUGGCUUUGGUUUUAUGUUCCUGACAGAUAAAGGUGUAUCUAGAAGUUGGAAUGUAUUUCUAUGGGUAGCACUAUUCACAGGAACUGGAUUGUUGAUGUGUUUGUAUAGUAUGGAAUGGUAUGCCAGAAUUAACUGUCCAGUUAACACAGACAACAUCUUUGAUAAACUGAUUCCCAGAUCAUGGACCUGCAAUUUUGAAGCCAUGGAAAAUAAUUUGAAGUCACCAUAGUUUUGGAUCAACAGUUCUAAUGAACAAUUGAAUGCUCAAAACCGAGUUGGAGAUUUUUACUCAGGAUUCUCUCUAUGUCUGCAUAAAGAUAUACUGUCAUGGGACCAGUGUUUUCCAUUAGAUCAAGUAUCAUAUUUCUGUUAAACAAAUGUUUUAUGUAAUGAUGGUGAAGGUCAACAUGACCUUUAACAUUAAUCUUUUGAUUUAUUAUUCUAGCUGAUACACAACUUUUUGUGGCAUUUGAGCAUUAAAACUGAACAAUAGUCUCUUCUAUGAAAAAGCACAUAAGAUUAUCUUUCACUUUUCCAUAUUGUGAUGUAAUUUACAGGAACCUUUUUUUUUUUUUUACUUUUUGUUUUUGUUUGAAGUCAUUUAAAAAUUGUAUACUAUUUGAAAGAAUCUGAAUUCAAGUCUAAAUAGUUACAUAGUCUACAGAAUUGGGAUGUUCACUUUAACAUAUACAUCGUUUUUAGUACUUAAUCCAUUGUAACACAACAAUCCAUAAGUGAUCCAUUGGUGAUUUAUUUUAUUUUAUUCAAUGAUUCAUUUGUACUCAAAUAAGACUUAUGUAAAAAACUUAUUACACUGCCAAAUUAUGGUAAGACUAGCAUUAUAACAUUUUUCGUUCAGUUAAUCAUUUGAUGUAUAUUUUUGAGAAUAUCUGUAUGCUCAUGUCUUUAUGUUGUUUAUAACUGGGGAUUGUAGAUGUAUUGGGUACAAUUAGUGACUGUUUUUAGCUCACCUGGCCCAAAGGGCCAGGUGAACUUUUCUCAUCACUUGGCGUCCAUCGUCCGUAGUCGUCGUCGUUAGCUUUUUACAAAAAUCUUCUCCUCUGAAACCAUUGGGCCAAAUUUAACCAAACUUGGCCACAAUCAUCAUUAGGGUAUCUAGUUUAAAAAAUGUGUCCGAUGACCCUGCCAACCAACCAAGAUGGCCGCCAUGGCUAAAAAUAGAACAUAGGGGUAAAAUGUAGAUUUUGGCUUAUAUCUCUGAAACCAAAGCAUUUAGAGUAAAUCUGACAUAGGGUAAAACUGAUUAUCAGGUCAAGAUCUAUCUGCCCUGAAAUUUUCAGACAAAUUUGACAACCUGUUGUUGGGUUGCUGCCCCUGAAUUGGUAAUUUUAAGGAAAUUUUGCAGUUUUUGGUUAUUAUCUUGAAUAUUAUUAUAGAUAGAGAUAAACUGUAAACAGCAAUAAUGUUCAGCAAAGUAAGAUCUACAAAUAAGUUGUCAUGACCAAAAUUAUCAGUCGACCCCUUUAGGAGUUAUUGCCCUUAAUAGUCAAUUUUUAACAAUUUUUUGUAAAUUUUUGUAAUCUUUUACAAAAAUCUUCUUCUCUGAAACUACUGUGACAAAUUUAACCAUACUUGGCCAUAAUCAUUAUUAGGGUAUCUAGUUUAAAAAAUUUGUCCGAUGACCCCGCCUUCCAACCAUCAUGGCCGACUUGGUUAAAAAUAGAACAUAGGGGUAAAAUGCAGUUUUUGGUUUAUAUCUCUGAAACUAAAGCAUUUAGAACAAAUCUGACAGGUGGCAAAAAUGUUUAUCAGAUUUAGAUUAAUCUGCUCUGAAAUUUUCAGACGAAUCCGACAACUCGUUGUUGGGUUGCUGCCCCUGAGUUAGUAAUUUUACAAAAAUUUUGCAGUUUUUAUACGACCGCAAAAAUUUUUGCGGUCGUAUAUUGGUAUGACGUUGUCGUCGUCGUCGUCCGGCGUCGUCCGAAGACACAUUGGUUUUCGCACUCUAACUUUAGUUUAAGUGAAUGGAUCUCUAUGAAAUUUUACCAUAAGGUUCAAUACCACAAAAGAAAGGUUGGGAUUGAUUUUGGGGGUUAUGGUACCAACAGUUAAGGAAUUAGGGGCCAAAAAGGGGCCAAAAAUAAUAACUUCCAGACAUAACUUGUGUGUUAGUGUAUGGAUCUCUCUGACAUUGUACCACAAGGUUCCAUAUCACAAAGGGAAUGCUGGGGUUGAUUUUGGGGGUAAUUGCCUCAAAAUAUUAGGAAUUAGGGGCCAAAAAAGGGGCAAAAAACAAGCAUUUUUCUAGUUUCAUGACAAUAACUUGUGUGAAAGUGUAUGGAUCUUUCUGAAAUUGUACUACAAGGUUCCAUAUCACAAAGGGUAAGCUGGAAUUGAGUUUGGGGGUAAUUGCCCGAAACGUUUAGGAAUAAGGGGCCAAAAAACACAUUUUUCUAGUUUCCAGACAAUAACUUGUGUUCAAGUGUAUGGAUCUCUCUGAAAUUGUACCACAAGGUUCCAUAUCACAAAGGGAAAGCUGGAAUUGAUUUUGGGGGUAAUUGCCCGAAACGUUUAGGAAUAAGGGGCCAAAAAACACAUUUUUCUAGAUUCCAGACAAUAACUUGUGUUCAAGUGUAUGGAUCUAUCUGAAAUUGUACUGCAAGGUACCAUACCACAAAGGGAAGGCUGGGAUUGAGUUUGGGGGUGAUGAAUCAUAAGGGGGUUCAAAAAAUUGGGGGGGGGGGUUUUUUUUUUUUCCUUUUUUUUUCUUUUAAAAUUUUCCAUUUUAAGUUGGUUAUUUCUGAUUUAUAUUUAAAAGCAAAUAAUAAUGAUAUGGUAGGAGAUACACACCAAACAGGAUGUGUAAAUUAUUAUAUAAUAAGUAUUGUGCAAUAGCAAGAAAUUUUCAAUUGCACAGUAUUGCACAAUAGCAAGAAAUCUUCAAUUGCACAGUAUUGCGCAAUAGCAAGAAAUCUUCAAUUGCACAGUAUUGCGCAAUAGCAAGAAAUAUCCAAUAGCACAAUAUUGCGCAAUAGCAAGAAAUUGUCAAUUGUGCAGUAUUGCGCAAUAGCAAGAAAUAUUCAAUUGCACAGUAUUGUGCAAAAGAAGAUACUUCGUAUUAAUUGCUUAUUUCUUGACCAAUUUCAAUGGGGUUUUAUUCUUGAAUUCUUGGGGUUCUUUAAUAUGCUGAAUCUAACCGUGUAUUAAGUUUUUGGAUUUUGGGCCCCGUUUUUAAAUUGGUCCACAUUGAGGUCCAAAGGGUCCAAAAUUAAACUUUGUUUGAUUUCAUCAAAAAUUGAAUUAUUGGGGUUCUUUGAUAUGCCGAAUCUAACCGUGUAUUUAGAUUCUUAAUUUUUGGUUCCGUUUUCAAAUUGGUCUACAUUAAGGUCCAAAGGGUCCAAAAUUAAACUAAGUUUGAUUUUAACAAAAAUUGAAUUCUUAGGGUUCUUUGAUAUGCUGAAUCUAAACAUGUAUUUAGAUUUUUGAUUAUGGGCCCAGUUUUCAAGUUGGUCCAAAUCGGGGUCCAAAAUUAAACUUUGUUUGAUUUCAACAAAAAUUGAAUAUAUGGGUUCUUUGAUAUGCUGAAUCUAACCAUGUAUUUAGAUUUUUGAUUAUGGGCCCAGUUUUCAAGUUGGUCCAAAUCGGGGUCCAAAAUUAAACUUUGUUUGAUUUCAUCAAAAAUUGAAUUCUUGGGGUUCUUUGAUAUGCUGAAUCUAACCAUGUAUUUAGAUUUUGGAUAUUGGACCAUAAUAGGUGAAUGUCCAAUUUAAAAUUUUUAAGUUCUUAGACCACAUUCAUUCUGUGUCAGAAACCUAUGCUGUGUCAAAUAUUUAAUCACAAUCCAAAUUCAGAGCUGUAUCAAGCUUGAAUGUUAUGUCCAUACUUGCCCCAACUGUUCAGGGUUUGACCUCUGCGGUCGUAUCAAGCUGCGCCCUGCGGAGCAUUUUAUUUGUUAUUAUCUUAGAUAUCAUUAUAAUAUCUAAUAUAUUAUACUAUUAAUUAUGAUUUUAACCUUAUUUUACAUGAUUUCCAAAGCAUCAGUAAAUACAGGUGAGCGAUACAGGCUCUUGAGAGUCUCUAGUUUGUCAUUGUUUUUGUAAAUAUUUACUUUUAUCAGUAUUGUUUGCUUUUCAUUGUAAUAGUCAAGUGUGAUGCAUAAUUCAAAUGGUCUGCAUUCUAGAUUAAAGGCAAUAAGAUAUUUAUAUAAAAUACUGAUAUUUAAUAUUAGUAGUCAGCUACUUAUAAAAUGAGAGAUUUAUGAAUAUGUAUAAGGUGUAAACAGAUAACAUGUUAUAAUGUGACAAAACUGUUACCAUGACAACAAUUUAAAAAAUAUUGUUUCUCUUUCUUGUACUGUCUUCUUGAAAUAAAGCACAUAACAUUCUCAGAUGGUCCAUUCCUGGUUAAAAUGAGUAAGGCUACAUAGAACAAAAUAAAAGAGGAAACUACUUCAGACAUUUUUGUAAACUGACAUUUGAUUUUAUUUGACUAGGUUUAAAGGAUCAAUAAGGCAAAUUUAGGAUGUUAUUUAUAGUAUUUUGACAGAUUACAAUGUUACCGAAUAUAGUAAAGCACAAAUAUGAAAAUCCACAACAAAUACACAGUGGCUGGUUUUAUUUAAUUCUUCAUAUUGUGGUUUUUCCACCCUCAUUGAUAUUGAAUUUUCAAUUUUGGUUUGUUAAUUUCAUGUCAUUUCCAAAUAAUACUUGGAAUUAAAGGAAUUUUAUACUGUUUAUAUUUUGGUGCUAAUUUGUGUUUAAAUUAUAUCACUUCAAAUGGACAUGUCAGUUUUUACUGAAAUCACUUCAAGGAAUAUGUAAUCUAUCUUUCGUCCCUCUUUUCUACACAAAGACAUUUAUAUGAAAUUCAAGGAGUCAACUAAACUUAAAAAAAAAAAAUGAAUGCCAAACUAUGUUUUAGGCAAAGGAUACUUUACUCAUUAACACUUUAACAAGUAAGCUUUAUGUAGAUGUAUGAUUUGAUUAGAACAACCAAUGUUAAUUGAAGACCUGGUUGUUUUGUUUUUAUUUCCAAUUGCGAAUACUUGGGGGAAAAAAAAGAAGAAUUGCAAAUAAUACUGUCAUCAAAUCAGUUAUUCAGAAAUCACCUUUUAUUAAUGUUUUUAUUCGAUUGCAGUAACAUUUUGACAUAGUUUUGUACUUGUGUGGUGUUCAUUGUGUAUCUCUAGUCAUGAAAUUACAUCUGAAUUACUGUUUUAAAAAUAGUAGACCAUUCAUCUUCAAGAACUCAUAUUAAAGUACCUAGUAUUGUUUUAUUUUUGUUUUUGUCAGUUAAACAACUGCCUCUUGUCAAAGAAAUGACAUUUGGAAUGACUAGGUUGUAAAAGAUACUGAUUACAAUUUUACUAAGAUUAUGUACAUAAAUUUAUUAGUGAUGUAUUCAAUUGAAAUUUGAUUUAUGUAUUAUGAAGUUCUUGGUGAUGUUUAUGCAUGUAUAAACUGUUUUAUGCUUGACUUUUAUCUUAUGUGUGCAAUAUUGUUAUAAUAACCACUAGAGAAUUAUAUUUUUGUAUUUAUGAAAUGAUCUCUUUAUCAUAUACCACUUCUUCAUUGUUUUAUGACUUGCAUCAGAACCUUACAGACGAGGAACAAAUGUAACAAAUUAUUAUAAUUGCCUAUUGUCUCAGUGUACAUGUAUGUUUAAAAUUACAUAUUAUUGGUCUUCCUUCUGCCUGUAUCACUCUGCUUGGCUCUCAAAAAAAUUGAAUGCCACAGCUCUGUGAUGUCAAAUACAUUGAUCCAGCCUUAAUAUCUUUGAACCAGACUUAUUGUAGACGUUCAUAAGUUUGACACAAACUGAUCAAAUCUUUUUAGCUGGUUUGCUGCUGAAACAAAGAAGACAAAACAUGCAAAUACAGUCAAAAAAAGGGUUAUCAGAUGUUUGUCAUAUUAAUAUUGUAAAAUAUCAUCUGCUUGACACAAUAUGAAGCCUUUUUGAACUCAUAUGUUGGGCUCACUAUAUAAAGCCUUUUUGAACUCAUAUGUUGGGCUCACUUCAUAUUGUGAUUCACAGCUGAUAUUUACAUCACUAAUAUGCAGAACACCUGAUUAAUCAGUACCUUUAAUGUAAAACUGGUUGUAAUUUCAAUCAGACAAUAUUAAAAAAAUCAUUAUAUCCAUUCAUUAUAGAUUCUGGUUGUAUUCUCCACACAUUUGUCAUCAAUACCAAAUAAUGAAGUGCUCAUUAUUUUUCAUGUUAGUUUUAGAUAACCUGAUUAUUAAAUUUACACCAAGAUAUGGUUAACUCAAAAGAAUAGAUUUUCAAUGAUUCAGGAGGAACAAUUUGAUCUUAUUUUAUGGUCAAGUAUAAUAAAUACAGGAUAUCCAAUUACAUUUAAUGACAUCUUAGUGUAAAUACAAAUACAAUAGAAUUAUUUAAAUAAUGGAUACAUUUUCUGUGUAAAAACCUGAAUAAUUAUUGAAUGGAAAUUUGCCUUGUUUUGUUUUCAAAAUGAUUUUUUUGUCUCAAAUGUCUCACAAAAGGAUUCUAAUCCAGUGACGACAUCAACUUUUUGUAUAAAGCUUUAUAUUUAAGAAGGUAGAAGACUUCAUAUCUUGUAUACAGAUACCUCUUAUCUCAAGUUUGUGUUGUUGAUAUGACAGUUGUCCUUGCCCUCAUUUCACGGUUGAGUAACUGCUUAAUAAUCAAGUUUGUUACUAUGUGAUUUUUUUCACUUAUUAUGAGUGACAGGCCAACUAUAUUUGGUAUAUAGAAUCAUUGCAAGGUAUCCAUGUCAAUCAGGCAGGUUUCAUCUGACUUUAACCUCAUUCUCAUUGUCCACUGGUCAAUGUUAAGUUUUCAAUGCUGGGUCUGUUUCUCAUAUACUAAACACAAUAGGUCAACUAUAACUAUAUUUGGUGUAUGGAAUGGUUGUAAGGUGUACAUGUCCAUGUAGUAUAGCAAAUGUUAAGUUUCUGUGAUACCUGUUAUAAAACAUUUUUCUUAAAGACAUCAUAAAUUCAAUCAUGAUCAAUAAAGCAAGUGAAACAAUUCAGUUUGAACACUUGUUUUUCUGACUAAAUACUGAAAAGUCAUGAAAUAUUGUUUUCAAUGAAAAUAGUGCAACCAAUAUAAUAAAGAGUUUAAUCUAUAUAUUAUAUAUAUAGGUUCCAUAGUGAUAAUAUUAAAACAGAGAGAAUUUAAAUGAUGUAUAAUUACACAGGAACUUUUUUAUAUUGCUGCUUAAUGUUAAAUGACUGUCUUCCAUGAAUAUUUUGUUACAAAAAGGUACAUUAUAACAAUUCAGUGCUGUUUUCAUUAGACUAUUUUCUCAAUAAUACAUGUAUACCUAUUUUUCAUGAAUAAAAAUUAUAUACAAAAUU